AUGAGUCGGUCGAGCACGACGGUGAGGGCGCAGGAGUACAUCCAGGUGGGACGGAGCAUACAGAGGCGCACGGAGUGGCUCGGGGAGCGGGUGGACGAGUGGGUGAUGAUUGUCGAGCAGCAGGCGACGGGGGACAAGGGCGCUGUCGAGGAGCAGGAGGGCGGAGCGGCUGCGAAGGAGGGUGGGGCAGGAGUGCAGCAGCAGGAGGGCGGGGUGGCUGUGCAGGAGGUGGUUGCGGGGAAGAAAAGUGGUGCUCCAAUCGAGUCCGUCGCCUCAGCCGGGAAAGGAGCCGUGGGAAAUCGAGGUGCCCCUGCCCCGUCCGGCGGCGCUGCGGGGAAAGGAGCGGGGGAGACAUGGGGGAACGUCCGCCUUAGUGAACCGGCGUCCCCUCCUCCUGGUCCACGCGACUCCCCUUUUGCGUCGAAGAAAAGGCAGGCGUCGGGGAAAUCGUCGAAGCGCGCUGCAGGGGCGACAGAGAGCAGUGACGUGGUGGAGCUGGUCAGCCUCCUUGGCCAAGCUCCUGUCGAGGCGGCGUCUACCGUCGUUGCUGGUUAA